ACAAUAUUUUACAUUUAGUUUAUGUUUUACAUUGCUCAUCUCAGCAAAACGUGCAGAUAUCCGGCAUACAAAUAAAAGCCCGAGGAGCAUGAAAAAGAGCGCCCUCUGCAGGCCAUGCGACCACUCCAAAAUCAAUCAAAACUUUUGAUCGUAUGCAUGUAAGCACGCGCGCACACACAAAAACAGGACAAUAGAAACCCGUUUUUAGGCGUUUUGUUGUUGUUUCUUUGUCUUAUACGUGUUUUCUCCUGCAAACCUCGUAGAAAACGUGUCAAUGAAACUCAGUCACUGAGAAGUUUGGAAACUUUGGCCCCAACCGACUCCCUUAGGGGCGGAAAUCCCCAGUUCUGUAGAUGGAUGUGAGUUUUGCAGACUUUAAAGAGUAUUGUUGAUUGUGUUGUUCUCUUUUUUGCGGUGGUAGAGCGUGAUGUCCGCGUCCGAGCCUCACGUCGUGACUAGAAACAAAAAAGCAGCGCGUGGGCGCGAAUGCGGGUGCGCAUUCCUCCACAGCUCCAGGGUGAUGAAGAGGUUAACCCUGCCCCUCUUUGCUGCGCUCUCGUCCCACUAGUGCUGCUACCUCCUCCAACCACCUCUCUUUUUAUAAAUUCCUCCUCUCCCGGCAGCUGAGCGUUCAACAGACACGGACAUGUCCGAUCUGGAACUCUGAGAGGGCUUUCCCUCACCUCAUCCGCGGAGCUCGGACUGGAAAAGCCAAAGGUCCUGCCGGCUGGCGACCGCAUGGGAAUCGAACUUUGUUCCAGUCCGUGGUUGUACUCCGUAGACGGCUAUUGCUGCUUUUCUGAUUGUGUGCUAUCCUAAUGCGUCGGGAAUGCCAUGGCCACUCCGAGCGCACAGCAGCAGCAGCAGCAGCAGGAUUACUUCAGAUCGGUGAGCAGCGACUCCACCACCUACAUGAUGGUCCCCACCGGCGGGCCGAGUGGGGCGGCGCGCCGGGAGACGCCGUCCAAGAUGUGGUUGGCGAUGGUGGUGAUUGUCGUGGUGGUGUUGCAGAUCGCCUCCACCACCGGACUCUUUGUCUACCUAAACAUGUCCAUAUCACAGGUGCGUAGCCAAGGGGUGACAGAGGAAUUAAGAUGCUUGGGUUUACUGAAUGCCCUGGACCAGGACAUUCCGGACCAAGUAGCCCAGCUGCUGGGAGAGCCCUGCAUUAAGCUGGCUGAAGGCAUCAAAGCCUACAUCUCAAAGGUGACAGAAAACAUCAUCUCUAAACAAACCUUCAUAGAGGCCAGAAAGAUGCCUAUUUCCUUCAACAACUCAAACUUCAUGAGCCAUGUGGUCCAGCGGCCAUCUGCCCACCUGACUCUCAGAGACACCACUUCUCAAGCGGGAGUCGCUAACCAUGCAGCCAUCACGCCGGGCCUCCACCAAUCCUGUCGACAUAUGGUGCGCUCAUGGGCCAAUCAGAGUUUUGGAGCUCACCUCCACAACAUGACCCUGUCCAAUGGGAAGCUGCGAGUGCCUCAAGAUGGGCGCUACUACCUGUAUUCCCAGGUGUAUUUUCGUUAUCCGUCUCCAGUAGCAAGUGAUGGAGACCAGCGCAGUGUCAGCCACCAGCUGGUGCAGUGUGUCUAUAAAAAAACCUCCUACCCGAGCCCAAUACAGCUUUUAAAAGGGGUUGGAACCAAGUGCUGGGCUCCGGAUGCGGAGUACUCCCUGCACUCCGUCUACCAGGGAGGACUGUUCGAGCUGAGGGCUGGCGAUGAGCUCUUCGUCUCCGUUUCUUCCCCCACCAUGGUGAACGCCGAUGAGUCCUCCAGCUAUUUUGGCGCCUUCCGUCUUGACCUUUAAGGGAAGAAAGUGGGUGACCACAGAGUGGAGAGACUGUUGGUGGAUUACGAUGCUGGGAUGAAGAAAAUGAAACUGUGGCUUUUUUUUUUUUUAAAUCCGUUGAUUGUAAAGAGGUUUGAGCCAGGAUUUCGGAUCCUCAAGGUUUGGAUGGACAAAUACAUUGAAGGAGGGGAUGGGGGCUUCAAAAAUUCAGUUUGACCGUUUAAUGCUGCAAGAGGAUGUGAUCAAAGGGAAAAGAGAUGGGAUUUUUUUUUUUUCCAAGACAUUUUGUUGAAAAACCCUAAGUGCUGAAGCAAGAUGGACCUGCAAAACAUGUCCAACCAAGAAGAGGAGGAUUCUGGUCUACUGUGUAUUUUUAAUGAGGGAACAUGGAAAAAGAAUUCGAAGUUAUAAACCAAAAAUUGAAUGCCCUCAGUCAGUUUAAAUGUCCCCCAUGGGAACCCAGCUGGUAGCCAAAUGACCACUAACUCCUCAAAAGUGUCUCUUUUGCCUACACUCUUCUCUGUGUGAACGAUUGGAUUCCCGAGGAAUGAACUCAUGGAGCCUCUGCAUCAAAGAUGUGAGGAAGGACUGUUGAACAGCAGCAGAAAUCGUUCUAAUAAUCAUACCAAAGCAAAUGUUUGUGGAUUGGGAAUUUCCUCUGUGUGCCACCUAAGUGCUGUAUACCAGACAUGGUUCAUAAUAAGAUAACGAUCUGUGGUGAUUUUUCUUUUUUAUUCUUUCCAAAGUACCUUGACUGGACUGAAAAACCACUUUGACUAAAUGCUGACUCUUUCCUUGUGACACUAAAACUGUGGAAUUUAUGCAAUGAGGAUUGUGUUUUCUUGCGAUGGUGUGAUCUGUACAGAAACUGGAAUAAGCCUUCGAUUUUGGCAUGCAAGCAAAGGGUGGAACCUGUCGAAAGUCAGGAGGACUAUGCCCAGAAGAGACGAGGAUAGGCCAGGGCAGGCUGAAUGCCGCAUUCAGCCCAACCAGUUUUUCUUUUUGGACUUUUAUUCCGACAACCUCCCCUACACACACACUCCGCCUUGUCUAACCUGUGACACUGCAUUGUGUUUUAUUUUAGGAAUUGGCUUGGCACACUGCCUGAAAAAGCCAGUAUGCCGUCUGUAGAUGUGUUUGCAUAGUCAGAGUGACAAAUGAAUUGAGCAAAAACAUGUUUACUGACAUUACGUUGCUGCAGCUUAAUGGGGUUUUGCAAACGUUCCAAUUAACAGGUGUAAACUCACUUUUGUUGGAUUAAAAAAAACUUUUUUUUAAUUUCUGCCGUCAAAAAAUUGUUUUUUGACCAACUGAAGAUUUAAAGUUGGUUAAAAAGGUCACGAUUUUAUCAACGACGUAUUCCAAACAGUUUUCCUUCAACAAGCCAUCAAAAGAAGUACAAAAGUUCAAGUAGGAAAAGUGGCAUCACAGUUUAGUCUUUUCUUUUUAAUGGGAAUGUGAAAGGAGUUUUAAGGACCGUCUUGACAUUUGGAUGUUUGAAGUGGAUGGAAACUCCAAUUUUUCUUUUUUUCUCUUUUGACUUGGUUCUGUUUCCUAUUUAUGAAACGUACAGCCAGUUUAUGCCUCUAAGUUGAACCAACUCCAAAUGUUGCACCAUAGCAUACUUCUCUAGUCCGCUUGAGCUCUCCCAGGAACAGAACUCCAGACCUGCUCGAUGCAGACCACAACAGCUGUGACUGAUUGGCUUUAUUAAGGUUACUUCAAAGUGCAUUAAAGUUCUACUACAAAU